GAGCUCGUCGUCAAUCUAUGGCCACUCGACCUCUCAUCUCUCUGCAACUCCUUUCCUCUCUUUCAUCUUUUUCCUUAAACCCAACCAGGCAAUCUCUCUUCUUGCCCAAUUUCACUAAACCCAAAAGAUUAUCUAGGAGAAGUGGUGUUCAUUGCUCGGCUAAUCUCAUCACUCACCCUUCCGUUCUCUUCUUAGGCAGCUUCGAUGGCGGUGGAUUCGUCGAUACACAGACCUUCAUUGUCACCAUCAGUCUCGUCGUUGCCAUUGCCCUUUCUCUCUUCCUCGGAUUCAAGGGAGACCCAGUUCCAUGCGAGAGAUGUGGUGGAAACGGCGGAACCAAAUGUGUCUUCUGCCUUGAAGGUAAGAUGAAGGUGGACUCUGGCAUCGUUGACUGCAAAGUCUGCAAAGGUUCAGGUUUAAUUUUCUGCAAGAAAUGUGGAGGUUCUGGAUAUUCUCGCCGUUUAUAAAUAUAUAUAUAAUAAAUCCUUUACUAGUGCAAUGAAAUUGUUUUCAACAUUGGUUCUUUCGGACUAUAUGAUAACAUUUCUAACUUGUUUAUACUCAUAAAACAAUAGUGCGGACCAUUCCUUGGUUAAAAUUUCAUCCUCGGUUUUUCAA